AUGGAAGUCUGGAAAAUCAUACUGAUAGUUUGGUUUGUUGUAGCCGCCGUAUUUGUUGUUUUAGGUUUGUUUUGUAGAAGGCGCACUUGGGUAGGCUCAGGUGGUAUGGAAACUGGUGGUCAUCGUCAUCAUCACCGCGCAGGUGGGGACGUCGGCGGUGGAGCAGCGUUUGUGGGUGGAGCCGAUUUCGGUGGUGGAGGAGGAGCCGAUUUCGGUGGUGGAGGAGGAGCCAAUUGCGGUGGUGGAGGAGGAGCACAUGGUGGGGCUUCUGCAUGUUGA